AUGGCGAAUACCAGUGCACGUGUUUCUUGUGCUCGGGAUUUUAAUUGUUGUCCCGACAUUAACACUGCCCUGGACAACACUUGCAAGUCUGGGUUUGACUUUUUGUGUAUCCCAGUGGUGAACCCUCGAUACAAACGAGAAUUUGUGAGAGGCCCCAGCAAAAAACGUACAGGUCCUUUUACACGGUCUGACCUUGUAUUAAGCAGCCAUGAUUGGAACAUGUUCAUAGGGCUGAAGAUAUCUCCUUGGCUCCAGACAGAUGCAUCAAAUGUUGAAAUCCGAAGAAAUUCAGAGCAUUCAUUUAAACAGGAAUUAGCAUGGUCAUCUUAUCUGAGUGUACCUGUGAUUAUUAUACAACUACAGAAUAGUCGUGUCACCAACAUGACCAGAAUCCUUAACACCCACAUGAUCAAUUCCUAUUGGCAACAGCAAUAUUGGAUUCAGGUGCCUCUUAUUGCUCCAGAAUUACAAACAGAAAACCUUAUUGAGGGCAUUGAAGAUGCUGAUCGAGAUGAAAUCUACAAAAACAAUAACCAAUAUAACACAUGGUAUUGGUGGCAUACUUUUAGAACAUUAUGUGAACCAAACAAAAAACUUGGAGUUGUAUUAGAAUUAACUGCUGACCUUCCAGAUGAAGAUGUACUUGAACGCUGGCUGUCUGAGCCAAUCAAAGCUUUAUCUUUGUCAACUAGUUUGUUUUUAACUAAUAAGAAAGGUUAUCCAGUUCUCUCACGUGCACACCAGUCUUAUCUUCGAAAGCUAUUUAAGCUAGAUGUACAGUUAAUUUUAACAGGUGCCAACCGACAUCCUGACAAAGGGAUAACAUCAUAUGUUCAGUACCUUGACCAUCUUUGGCAGAGCCGUCCCACUCCUGAUGCUGUUAGUCAAUUUGCCAAGGGUUAUGAAGAUUACUUACAGUGCCCUCUCCAGCCAUUAAUGGAUAACCUAGAAUCAAUGACUUAUGAAAUCUUUGAGAAAGAUCCUGUCAAGUAUACACAGUAUAAGGAGGCUAUCUAUUUUGCUUUGUUGGAUCGAGUAAAAGAGGAGGAAAAAGACUGUAAGACCGUUGUGAUUAUGGUGGUCGGCGCUGGACGUGGUCCCCUGGUUAGAGCUGCCAUUACUGCUAGUAAAAAAGCAGAAAGAAAUAUUAAAGUGUAUGCUGUUGAGAAAAAUCCAAAUGCUGUUGUAACGUUGGAAAAUUUAAAAGAUGAAAUGUGGGGAGAACAAGUGGAGGUGAUUUGCCAAGACAUGCGAGAUUGGGAAGCACCAGAGAAAGCAGACAUUCUUGUAAGCGAACUGCUCGGAUCAUUUGGUGAUAAUGAAUUAUCUCCUGAAUGCCUGGAUGGAGCCCAACGAUUUCUUAAAGAUGAUGGCAUCAGCAUCCCCAGAGAAUAUACAUCAUAUUUAGCACCUUUACAAUCAGCCAAACUUUAUAACGAAGUUAGACUGAGCAAAGAAAAAGAUAAAUCACCUGAAGCUCCUUUUGAAAUGCCUUAUGUUGUCAGACUUCAUAAUUGCCAAGUAUUAGCAGAGCCUCAGAAAGUUUUUAGAUUCACACAUCCCAACAAAGGUGAAGUAAUUGACAAUUCCCGUUAUGUGAGUUUAGAAUUCUGCAUUAAAUCUGAUGCUGUCCUCCAUGGAUUUGCUGGUUACUUUGAUUCUGUACUUUAUGCUGAUGUCACAUUAAGCAUUUUGCCAUCAACGCACUCUGCUGGCAUGUUUAGUUGGUUUCCAAUCCUUUUCCCCAUUAAGGAACCAGUAUUUUUACAUAAAGGCUGCAAAGUUGUUGUUGACUUCUGGCGAGUUGUAACAGAACGAAAGGUUUGGUAUGAAUGGUGUAUUCGAGAGCCACAGAUCCUGCCCAUUCACAAUCCUAAGGGACGUUCAUAUACCAUAGGACUCUGA